AUGGCAGCAGAGGUCGCCCCCCUCCCGCAACUGCGGCUGCCCUCCGGCCCGACGCCAAUCACCGCCGAGCAGAGGUACUGGAAGUCCUUCAAGACCCAAAAGUCGCACACCACCACGGCCUCGUGGCCCGUCUCCCACAUCAGCUUCCCCGCCCCGUCCUCCAUAGCGCCCUCGACGGCCAACGCGGUCAGGCAGAACGACCUCUUUGCCGUCACGGCCGGCCCUCGAGUCGACAUCUACAGCAUACGGAAGCGGGAGCCCCUCAAGACCAUCGGCCGCUUCGACUCGGUCGCCCGCAGCGGCCAGAUCCGCGCCGAUGGACGCGUGCUGGUCGCCGGUGACGACUCCGGCAAGAUGCAGGUGUUCGAUGUCGCCGGCGGCAGCCGGGCGGUCAUUCUCAAGACGUGGCACAUCCACAAGCAACCCGUCUGGGUCUCGAGGUGGUCGCCCACGGACCUUACAACGCUCAUGAGCGCGAGUGACGACAGGACGGUCAAGCUCUGGGACCUCCCGAGCAAUGAGCCCACGAGGCAGUUCGUCGGUCACCACGACUACGUAAGAUGCGGCUCGUUCAUGACCGGCACCGGCUCGAGCAGCAACAUGUUGGUUUCGGGAUCCUACGAUUCCACUGUCAGGCUAUGGGAUGCCAGGACGCCAGGCGGGUCGGUCCUGACCUUCAAGCACGCUGCUCCCGUCGAAGCCGUGCUCCCCCUCACCUCCGGGACCACUAUCCUUGCGGCUGCGGAUAACGCCAUUUCCGUCCUCGAUCUGGUUGCUGCCAAGCCUCUACAAUUGAUCACCAACCAUCAGAAAACGGUCACCUCUCUGUGUCUGGCUUCACACGGGCAGCGUGUCGUCUCGGGCGGUCUCGACGGGCACGUCAAGGUCUUCGAGACCGGCUCGUGGAACGUCGUCGCGAGCUCCAAGUACCCCUCGCCCGUCCUCAGCGUCUCCGUCAUCUCGGCCGGCGCCAAUGCCGAAGACCGCCACCUCGCCGUCGGCAUGCAGUCCGGCGUUCUGAGCAUCAAGACCCGCCUCUCCGGCCCCGCUGCCGAGCGCGAGAGGGAGAGAAAGGCAGAAAUGGCCGCUCUUGAGGCGGGCACGGCUGACAAGUUCGACGCCAUCAAGGCCAAGCGCAAGCGCACGGUCGACUCGCGCAAGCGGCUCGACUUGAUCGGGGAAGGCGUUGAUGUCAUCAUCGCCAACGAGGCUAAGCGGGGCAAGAAGGAGACCAAGUGGCAGAAGGAUCUUCGGCACCACCACUACAGCGCUGCGCUCGACCAGGUCCUCGACCCGCAGGCCAAGGACCAUAGUCACCUCAACGUCCUGACCCUGCUCGUCGCGCUACGCCACCGCAGCGCCCUACGCGAGGCCCUCGAGAACCGCGACGAGGUGUCGGUCCAGCCCAUUCUCAAGUGGAUCUGCAUCCAUAUUGUCGACCCGCGGUACACGACUGUCUGUGUAGAUGUCGGCCUGCACCUGUUGGACCUCUACUCUGAGUUCUCGGCGGCGUCGACCGAGCUGGACGAAGGCUUCCGGCUGCUGAGGAAGAGAGUGAAGCGAGAGGUCGAGCGGGCACAGAUGGCGUGCCAGACGAGCGGCAUGCUAGAGAGUCUGAUGUCUGGAUCUAUGUCGUAG